UUUGCCAAGUGGCUGAUGUCCUCAGACCAACUUUUUUAAUGUUGUUCCUGGAACAACAACUGCCGCUACCAAUCAACGCUUGAGGUGUCAUCAAAUUGAGCCGCGCUCAAAAACUGGGGAGGUGCUUAACGCGAAAUUGUUCAACCGCUCCAGGAGUGAAGGAUAUCAGGCAGGUUGCAGAUUUAUAAGUUGCAUCGGUGUUAUUCUGUACAUCUAUAAUGGAUGAUUAUAUAAAGACAGCUGUGUUCAAAGAGGAGAGAUGUAAAGGAAACAACAGAAAUACUGAUAUUACAGUUCAUGUUCUGAAAAAGGAUUCUGAAGCUUCUAAGUUCAUUCAAGAUAGGCUAACCACCAUAAACACCUCCAAAGAUGCAAAUUUUAGGAUUGUGAAUUCUGCAAGUCUGCAAAAUCAGAGAGAUGGAUAUUUUUUGUUUACAUGCAAACGCUCUGGAGCAUGCAUGCCCCGAAGUUAUCGAGCCAAAGGAUGUAAGGCCUAUGUUUCCUUUAAAAGGAGGACAGAUUGGGUCAAUAAACUGGUUAUAGUUGAAAGGAUUUACAGUAUUCAUUCAGGACAUGACCCAACAAGUUCUUCUGAGGUUCACUCAGAAAAAAUUUGUGAAGAGCUAGUAAAGCAUAUUCAAGAUCUUUUAUCUCUUGGUGUUAAGCCAGAUACAAUUCUCCUAAAAUCUCAUGAAUGGUCCAAGGAACAAGGGCAUACUGAUCUUAACAACCGAGCAUAUUUUGUUACUCCAAAAGACAUAGACAAUAUUCGGACAUGUAUGAUGCGAAAAAAUCAGCAACACAAAGAUGAUGCCAAUAGUACAACACAACUUCUUGAGGGCCCUUUUAGAGAGUGUGUUGUUUUUUAUCAGCCUUACAGCCCUCAAACAGAUCUUGUCAUAGUUUUGCAAACACCAUCGAUGAGAGACAACCUUCGAGAAUAUGGAAAAGAUAUUGUCUUCAUGGAUGCAACACACUGUGUCAAUCAGUAUGGAUUUCCUUUAUUUACAUUAAUUGUUAGGGAUAGCCAUGGUCAUGGCAUACCUGUUGCCUAUAUGAUCUUGGGAAAUGAAAAGCAGGCUACAAUUCAGCUGGCACUAGAAAAGCUGAAACCAACGUUUUACAUAGCUCCAAGGUGCUUCAUGGUCGAUAAAGACCAGGGUGAAAUCAAUGCCAUCCGCAAGGUAUUCAAAGAGUCAGAUGUCCUGCUUUGCUGGUACCAUGUCACACAAGCAGUUAUCCGUUGGCUGUCAAGGUCAGAGUCUGGAGUGAGUGGACCUGAGAAGGCAGAUACAAGAGGACAAAUCAUGCAAUUGAUGGCAGAGCUGAAAUCCUGUUCCACGGAACAUGAAUUCAAAGAAAAGGCUGGGAUAUUCCAUUGCAGGUUUAAGAACUUAAAAAAUGUGUGCAUGUAUUUCCAGAACCACUGGGAGCCAAUUGGUCAUCUGUGGUCAGACUUUGGAAGAUGCUAUAAGCAUGGAAACUCUGACACAAACAAUCUAAUAGAACGUUUCUUCCACCGUUUAAAAUACCAGUUCCUCUGUGGUAUCCGGAAUCGCAGAUUGGAUCACCUGAUUGAUGUGCUACUGAACAAGACAGAGAAGUACUUCAAUAUAAUACAGGAUCUACAGUCUGUUGGGAGAGUCUAUAAUCCUCUGCAAUGUAAAAUAGAAGAAAUGAAAAAUUCUGCUCAAAGGAUGCUAGACAAUGGUUGGGCCAGAAAAGUUAGUGUAGCUUCAAGAGAAACGUACAUCUACAAUGUUCCAUCUGAGAACAAUCCACAUUUAGUUUACUGUGUAUGCCCUGCAGAACAGUUCUGCAGUUGUAUAGCUGGUACAAGAGGAUGUACAUGUAAGCAUCUAAUUUUAUUAAGUCUUCUCACUUGUGGUGAUAGUGAGACUUUUCCAGACAUAAACACACAAUUGCAAGCCCAUGCCAACAACCUAAUUCAAAGGAACAAGUAUCGCAUUUUAUGCAAAGCCUCAAAAGAAUUUGAGGUUGAAAGUUUGUUUGGCAGAGCAGCAUCAAAACCUUGUGUUGGGACAAAUGUAUGUGAAUGCUGUACUUUCUCAUAUCAUAAAAAAUGUGCAUGUCUGCUACUUGCAAAGGGACUUUUAAAUGAGGUAUGUGAGACAAAGUCAGAAAACAUUGAAAACAUUCCAGUGGAGCCUAUUCAACAUGAAACUGAAGAUAAAAAAAGGCACAGUUCGACUAUUUGGAAACUGGAAAACAUACUGAACACUCUACAGACAUGGAAGAAAAUACCUGAGGAUAUUGCCCAUAAAGUCAAUGAACUGGAUGUGCAAAUACAGAAAGAAAAUGUGAACACUCAAAGAUUUGAAAAACUUUGUGAUGACAACUCGCGUAAAAUACGUCCACUAUUUACCAAUAGAAAAAGAAAGACCAACAGAGACAUUGCCACAGAGACAAUGAACAAUAUCACCAGUUUCCCUGUCCAGCCAAGAAGAAAACAAAGAGCAGUCAUUGGUCCAAAAAAGAAUACCAAAAUCAAGGUUUGAACAAAGUCGCAUUUAUUAAAGACUAUUAUUUUUGUAUGUAUGUAUUUGUCUCCAAUGCUAAAUAAAAUACAAAACAAAAAGUGUCACGUGGAUUUUGAUUUAAAAAAAAUUCUUAAUUACAUUUCUGGGAUGGUAGUGUUGUAUGUGUGCAUGUUAGU